AUGAUUUCAAAUGUAUACAGAGGCUUAAUUCGUUAUAGUGUUUUAAAACCAAGGAAUUUCAGUCGUUGCUCUAUUUCUUUGACUAAUAAUCCCACUGAAAAUGUAGAUCCUACUCCGAAGGGAGGAUUUGCUAAGGCCUUUGAAAAACAAGCCCAAAUACUGCAGCAGGAACCCGUGGAAAAUCAAACAUUUGCGUCACUCCUCAGAAAUUCAAAACUAGUUGACCUUGGUGAUCCCGUCAAUAAAAUUGUUAUAGGAAAAAUCUUUCACAUAGUCGAAGAUGAUUUGUACAUAGAUUUUGGUUGGAAAUUCCAUUGUGUGUGCACGAGACCUGCUACGAGGGGCGAAGAAUAUGUGAGAGGAGCUCGAGUUAGAUUACAAAUAAAAGAUUUAGAAUUAUCAUCAAGAUUCCUUGGUUCAAGUACAGAUUUAACACUUUUAGAGGCAGAUUGUAAACUAUUAGGGAUUGUGUCUUCCCCCGUCAGAGCUGAAGCAGAAAAUAAAAGCAAUUAA